AUGUCCACUCUCUCAUCUGUCUCCCCGCUCUUCUCUCCUCUCACAAUAUACCCUCCUCCCGCAAAGAAACAACGAAAAAUGAGUCUCACCCAGACUUACUUCCUCGCUCAUACCGCCAGAGCGAAGCUAUCCCGAGAAGCUUCUCGGCCAGAGCACGACCUCCGAGUCCUCGUUGGCCAUGCUAAUAUGCUCGACUCUCUCAUGCUCGAGCUCGCAGACGCAGAAAAGGAACAGGAAAAGUGGUUUAAUCAGACUGUUCUGGGAGCCAAUGGAAAGCUGUCGGGGGAGCAGCAGCGGCAACCACAAUCACAGUCACGCAGCAAACAUAUCGAAUGGGCUGAUACGAUUGUGGAGGAGCCCGAGGAUGACUGGGAUCCGGAAGACCUAUCCUCCGGCUCAGAUACAGAUAGUGACGACUCAGAUGACUACGGUAAAGAUGAAGACUUCUCCUCAUGGCUCUCCCGAUCUCAACAGCAGCAGCAGCAGCAACCACCUUCGACUCCUACAAUCACAUCCCGCGAAUUCGUACGAUUCGAAGACGAAGACGACGAUGGAAUAGUGGAUGACGAUGAAGAAGACUAUGAUGAACUUGCCCUCACACGAACAAGUUCUCGCUCCCAACAACAACCGCCCGACCUUCUCGAUGAGUCGGACGACUCGUCGUCAGAAGAUGACGAAUCGGUCCCUCGCACGCCUCCACAUCUGGUGCUUGACAGUUUCAACGAGAAGGAGGUCAUGGCCACAACGGAGCUGUACUCGUCGAAGCAACAAUCGACGCCGUCGUCAUUCCCUCCUCUAUUAUCGUCGCCGGAAUCAGAUCAAGCGGCAACGCCACUGUUUUCAGAUGAUUUUUUCCUUUCCCAUCAACAAGAGCGAGGGCCGCUGAUUGAAGCUUUCUAA